CUCGGAGAAUCACAUUCACACGGACUGGGGUUGUCAGAGCGCCCGUCGAGAUGGACCCUUUCAUCCAUCCUUCCUCAAUCUGAUCGGUCUUGGGAGUCAAGCCAAGAUGUGACCGUCACGGCCAGUCACAGUUUGGAUCUCUCCAGUCCUUAGAACUUCUGUUUCUAUAGCAACAAAAUCUGAGCAUCCCACAAGUCCUGUUCCCACAAUGCAAUCCUCUACCCGCCCCUCUCAGCCCCUGAGGCCACGGCGUUUUGACGCAAGCAGACGGCCCAAUACUAAUACUACAGCUGAACCAAAGUUACAUGGUCCUGGAUUUAGAAGGGAGGACAAAAACAUGAACACCAUCCCCACUUCCUCCCCACGGCGAGCUACUAAAGGCCCUUCGGCGACCUCCAGGACCAGGGUGGGUGUGCAACCACGAGCUCCAGUAGGUCAGUCCAGAUUGGCCUCACAGAAACAGGGUCCCACCCCAUCCAGUUUAGCUAAGCCCAAACCCAAGACUGCACGUGCACCUGCAGCAUCCAAAAUUACGCCUGCAGCUGCUCCUGCCCUUCCCUCUCUUCUCCCUCUUGACCCAAACUGUAACGAGCCAAGCCUUCCUUGCCUGUGUUGCGAUGGUCGCUCCCCGCAGGACAACAACAGCAUGUUCAACCAUAACCACAACAACAACAACACCAUUUCUCUCAGACAACAAAUGCAGCUUCAGCCUCCUCCACCUCCACUGCCCCAGAGACAGGACGAGACAGGGGCUGCAGACAAGUCCCAGACCGGUCCCUCACAAGCCCCGCCCCAGCUGCAGCCCUCUGCCCGUCCUGCUGCUUGUCUGGAAAAUGAGUUGAAGGAAGCAGAAAAAAGAGCUGACCUGGACAACAAGAAAAACAUAAAGUCAGAGGAAGAUGUAGACGAGGAAGAGAGCAGUGGAGAUAUUGAUAUUGAUGUGGAUGUUGAUGAUGAUGAAGAUGAGGGUGACAAUGAUGACAACGAUGAUGACGACGACGACGACGAUGACACACUGGUUCCCUCGUGCUGCGACUGUCCCGCCUCCCUCCUGGAUUUCUCACUCUCGUCCUCUACCUCUUCAUCCUCCACCUCCAUCAGUUCCUGCUCUGAUCUGGAGUCCGACUGUGCAGAUCUGUCUGUCUCUCUCUGCUCUUCCCACAACCAGAAUGAUCUGCCCAUCCCACUGUCCUGCAAAGACUCUCUCCCUCACGUGCCAGAAUGCCAACCCCCUGCCCGUUCACCCCCAUCCCUGCCUCUUAACUGCAAUCCUCUCUCCUCACCCUCACAUUCUCCCCUUCCCCCUUGCUCCCCAGAUGAGGGCUACCCUUCUGCCCCAGCCUCCCCUUCUUCUGACUACUUAGGAGUCAAAGGCCAGAUGGGACAUUUAGAUUCAGAAGUUACCAAAAUAGGUCUUCUUGACUUCCUGGAGUCAGUAGGGGAGUUUGGAAAAAUGGAGCGGUUUAGUCAGUUGAUCCAAGUAGCCCACUGGGAUCUGGAUGGGGAACAACAGUGGGAUGUUCUGAGGGAUCGGUUAGAUCACUUGGAUCGCUUAGAGAAGGUCAACAGGGAGGUGAAACUGGCCUACAUCGCCAGGCUCCACGAGAAGGGUCUGGAUCUGGGAGAUCUUGAAGAACAGGACCUGUCAGAUGUCUUGGAUGAAAUGGGGAACAUUGACAUUCCUUGGAAGCUGUAUAAAAGCCAUGGUGGAAAGCUGGGAGAAUCUCAGGAGUUUUCUGAUGCUGGGGUUGACCUCACUGCACCAUCAGAUUGUGAUGAGCCUCUCGCUCCAGAUUCCCUCACCCCUUCCCCAGUUGAACCACCGCCUAGACCCCCCAAACCUCCGGCACGUCACGCCAGUGUGAGCUCUGACCUGCACACCUACAUCAACAUCAGCAGGGAAACAACCUCAAUUACUGUCUCCACCUCUCCGACACCCACCUUUUCCACCUUCUCCCCCAAUUCCUCAUCACCUACUUUCACCACUUUUAGGUGUGAGAAACCCCUACCUCCAUCUCCCCCGUCCAUUCCUCCUCUCCCUGCCUCUAAGCCCAUUCCAUACCUCACCCUUUACACUGCUCCUCCUCCUCCAGCCGUCCCUGCUCCAACUCCUCCCAUACCUCCCCCUCGGAGGCGACACCUUGCCAGGAAGGAAGCACUGAGGCUCGCUGCUCUUCAAGCCGAACAGGAAAAGAGCCCCCUGUCACUCCCACCUCCUACCACGCGCCCCCCACCAUUACCUCCUCCUCCAGUUGUCUCAGUCUCCUCUUCAUCUUCUCCCCCUGCCAUACCACCACCUCCUGCCCUCCCUCCUCCACCGUCCUUCCAUGCACUGGAUGUAGAGAUUCGGAAGCUGCUAAUGCUCGCCGGACUGACUCAGGCGGAGCUUCUCAAGCUCAGCCCAGAGCUUGGUGUAUGCGUGGGUGGGUUAGAGGAUGAAGGAGAUGGGGAUAAUCUAAUUCCCGCCAGACCUGGGGAGCCACAGGAGUUCCAGCAAAAAGACAACAGGAAGGAGGAGAAGGAAUGUGAGACAGAGAGGAUGGGCAGAGAUGGAUGGAGCAGAGGAGGCAAGCUGGAUGGAGACAGAAGAACAGAUGUACUUGGAGAGGCAGAGGAAGGAAAAAAGAAAGAUGAGAGCAGAGAAACACUGAGAACCACCUCCUUCACUGAGAUGGCAAGAAGAAGGAAGAGGAACACCGGCAUAACCUCUGACCCAUAUUAUACCACUGGCCUCAGCAAUACAUAUGAAACUAAAGUAAACAGCUUUGAGACUUUCCAUUACUCCCCUGUGCUAUCAGAUUCUCCUCCCCCUCCUCCUCCUCCACGUCCGUUACCCCCCAUCCCCCCCUCCCUGCCACCCCUUAAAGUCUGCACUCUCCCUGCAAAUUCUGCACAGCCUGAGCGAUUUGAUUGGCUCAUAGCGUUCACACCUGACAGCGAUGCCCCGGUGCAGCCUCCACCCCAGGAAAAGAGAAAAUCUGACACGGAAACCCCAAAGAAGCUCACUUCAUCAGGGUCAUCCCCGGGGUCAGUCCCAAAGGUCACAACCUUCAAAGAGCUGCGCUUCCGCAACAAGAACAGCUCCCCUCCAACGAAAGUGAUCACUGAGCCCGACCCCGACCCCACAGUCAUCACUCCUGAUCCAGAUAUACUGUACAACCUGAAGUGGAGACGAGAGAAGAAAGACGGCGACGGUGACGGCAACCAAUGGGAGUACACCUCCCAGGCUCAGGCCAUCUUCAUGCAGCCGCCGCCAGCCCUCACCUCCAUGGCUGCUCUGAAGGAAAUGCUCCAGAGGGCUGAUAAGGAGGGUGGACAACCAGAGCUAUGCCUCUCACAGAAGAUUGGCUGCUCUGUCAGUGACACCAGCCUGUGGACAAUGGGCAGAGAGAGGGUAGAUGAGGAAAUUAAGGGGAAAGAAAAAGAGAAGGAAGAAGAAGAAGAAGAAGAAGAGGCGGAGGUGGAGGUGGAGGUGAGAGGAAGAGCAGAUGGAGGAAGGACUUUGGAAUCUAGAACUACAGUUUCCUCACCCCCUUUGUCCCUCGCUCAGUCCUGCUCACGAUCCCCGGCUUCCCCCUACUUCCUCCACGCUGCCCUCCCUCCCUAUCGCCCAGGCUACUGUAACUCCCAGCCUUUUGCAGACCCCAGACCCCACAACCAUGUAGGCAGGGAGUCCACAGCUAAACACUGCAGCACACAGCAGGCCCAUGAUGCCAGCCCAGCCCUCAUCCACAGAGAUGACUCUCACACUGAUGCAAAGCUUGGGUACAGCUAUGAAUCAGCCUCCCUGGCUGAUACCGCUGUAGACUCUUCUCGUCGCUAUGGGAAUGACUUUACUAGUGACAUAGAUGCAAUAUAUCAAUAUAUCAAUGACUCCAAAACCAAAGCAGACCUGGACUUUGACUUUGCAUCUGACUCAAUCAGUAGGUUUGACUCUCUCUAUUGCGAUGACUCCGAGAAGCAGAUUAGCACGCCCAGUGACUCACACACACCUGUUAGCAGCACCUCUCAAGCGCCAGGUAGCACCACCCCAUAUAAGAACAUCGAUGCCAUGAUGAGCUACUCAAACAUGCUCAACACUACAGAUUCACUGUAUGUAGGCAGCACAGGAAAACAUACACACAUCUCUUCUCACUCAGACCCUGAUAGCAACAAGGCUAGGACAUCCAAAGAGCUCCCUCCUCUCCCCACCUAUUAUUUGUAUCACCCUAAAAACUGCCCUCUGCACAGGGGGGCCCCUCCUCGCCUCUCCCCCAUUGGAGCCCUCUCCCCUCCCCAGCGCUCUGGAGUGCCCCCUCCAGGUGUGGCAGGCUCCUAUCUCAGCUCCCCGCUUUUCCCUCGCUCACACACCUUGCCUGCCCUCGCUGCUCCCCUCUACUAUCCCUACCUCUACCCCCCUAUACCGCCCAGGGCGCCCCCCCUUCCCCCAAAACUCUACCAGGCUCCUCCGCAGCCACGCGUGCCGACUGUUCGCAGUGUGUCGUUCGCUGGCUCUGUGCAGAGGGGAGAGGCAUCCUGGAUGGGCGAUGAUGUGAAGACUCCCAUGAGAGGUCUUGGCCUGUCCUCUCUGUGCCUGCAGGAAAAGAAAGGUCUGGUCAGUGCAGUCAGUGUGGCAGUGGAAGCCAUUUUGGCUCAGUUCAGCUCCUCCCGAACAGUAGUCCAGAAGUCUCUCUCAGUUAACAAGGCUUUAUCAGGAGACAGCAGUGUCAAUCCAUCUCUGGGCCGUCUUGUGCUGCAGUGUCUCUGCCCCGCCCUGCGCAGUUUGCUGUCCGAUGGCCUGAAACCCCACCAGAGUGAUCUGAUUGCAGGCAGGAGGCCAAAUUCAGCCUGGGGGCUCGUCCAGGCCUCAACCAAGCCAGGUCCUAAAACCCAGGAUUUGUACAAGCUACAAGUUCGAGUUGGAGAGCUACCCCAGCUCAGGCAGAGCAAGCACAGGUUCAACGCCUUCCUCCUCGGCCUGCUCAAUACCAAGCUUCUUGAUUUCUGGCUCUCUCACCUUCAGUCCUGCAGUGAUGUAUUGGAGACAUACUACCGUCCCUCCUCCUUUAUGCGCCUGUCACUCACCACCUGCCAGCCUUUGUUCGAAGAGCUGCUCCUCCUGCUGCAGCCCCUCAGCCUGCUGACCUUUAACCUUGACCUACUCUUCCAGCACCACCAUUUAGAGCCAGAUAGUCAGAGCCCUGAGAUCCCCAGCCCACCCAGUCAGGACGUAGGCUUCAGGCUCUCACCCAGGGGAUCCAUCUCUAAGAUACGAGGCAGCAACCUCGAGAGCCUUUCAGAAGUGGACUUUGGAAGCCCAGAGCAUGAGGCAGCCAGUGAUAUUUCAAGCCCCUCGCCUUUGGCUAAUCCCAUGGAUGAAGAGUCAGGGGAUUCAUCAAUUAGCAAUCCAGUGCCCAGGAAGGCCCCACUCAGCCUCGGGCAGACAAGUCCUCAGCUGUUGUGGGUACAGGAGAAGGAAAUUGGAGAAUUACCUCCACCUGCUGUUGAGGAGGAGAGCCUCACCCAUCAGGCAGGACAGGUGAUCCAGCAGGGAUGGGGAGCUGUGGUGCGCUGGGGAGGUCGACUGAGUCAGAACCUGGCUGAUCUUAGCCUGUCUGGAGGGCAGAGCCAGAAGAAGGAAGAGAUGAACAGGGACGUCCCGGAGCUCCAGGCCCAGGCAGGGACUGUGGUUCCCUGGGGUCUGGGGCGGCUCUUUGGAGCCUCUAAGAGCCCCAACAGCCCAUCAGGUCACACACCACCAACCAGGCGUCCAUCUCAGUGGUUCGCUCCUGGGGUCACAGCGCUGACCCGGAUGGUGAGCAGCAGCUCUGUCCCAGUCAUGAGGCGGCCACCGGAGACCCAGGAACAAAGUGAGCCAGAGACGGAGAGGGAGGUGGAGACAGUGGAGUUGAAGGACAAAGGCAGACCACUCAGGUCAGUGCGAACGCUCUGUGACCACACUGGAACGGGAUCGGAGCUCAGCUUUUGCAAAGGGGAGGAGCUGGUGGUUUUGGGAGGCGUUGACCAAGACUGGAUUCGAUGUCGUCAGGGAGACAAAGAGGGGCUGGUACCGAUUGGCUACACCUCCCUCAUCAUGUGACUUCGCCAACAUAAUCGCUGCACUUAAUAAAUGAAAAAUAACAACAAAAAAGUAUUUUAGGCAAAUAGUGAGAGGUUACGGUGAGGCACCACUGCUCUGAAAGGGAUAGUUCACACUGGCUUGGUUAGAGUUUGAGUCGAGUGCAUGGCACCAUCUGCUCCGCUUUAUUUGCAUCAGGAGCAAUCUGCACCCCGCUCUCCCUGUUGAACAUAUGGGAGUGAGUUUUUUCCCAUCAUGAUCCAUCCAAUUUGGUAGCAUUAAACUGAUGGAUUUCAGCAGCAGGAAUUCGGCAGAUGGUGUGAAAUAAUGACUCAACUCAAAUUUAGACCAUGUCUGAGGGGAAGACCUCAUCUUUGAUCUUGGCGUGAUGUAUCCCUUUAACUGUCCUUCUUUCACUGUCUGCUUUCCUUGCCAGCCGCUGAUCUGAAAAUGACCACAAGGGAAUGGCGUGGAUCCGCUCUUAGCAGAUCCACGUGCUUUCAGAUCAGCAGCUGGCUACUGUGAGGAGGUGACAAUCGAUAGCCUGGUGGUAGCCAGACUGAUAUUUCUAGCCGCCAUUUUAGAUUACUGGGCCGUAGCUCCUGUUGCGUACUGCAUAGUAAUGUAGUGAACUGUAGCUGUGUUCUGUGUUCUAUUGACCCUUCACCCUUAUUGACCUCUCACCUGUAUCGCCUGGUCCCUGUGUGUUUGACAUGUUUCUGCUACUAUAUUUGACUGUAUAAAUAUACAUACAAUAUAUAUAUAUAUAGGAAAAUGAAUAUAGAUUGAUAUUACCAAGAUAGAUAGAAAGAUAGAUGAACAAGAGAAAGCAGAUAGUGAAACAAACAGCCGCUAAACGCUGCGGCGACACUGAGGAAGCGGAUCACUAUAAAUGAAUGAGAUUAUGAUAAAAUACUUUAUUUUACUGCUGUUCUUACAUCUCCAGUCCACCAACACACAUCCAGUGGUCGUCAUACAUGCAAACAGCAAGGUGUAUGUGGUUAAGUAUGGAAUCCAGUAUCUUCCCUUCUGUGUGCUUUAUAUAUUGCCAUUGUCUUGACAUCAUAUCCACAAAAUUGUUAUAUUUAGCCUCAUGCCUUUUAAACACUGUAUGCAUUGUACUGUUCUAUGAAUGCUUUGAGUGAAUGCCAGAAAAAUAUCUAUCUAGCCCACAGUUAUUAUAGAGGAUAAUGUACUAUCAGACAACAGAAUGCUAUAGCCUUUGUAGCAUAAUCCUGUAGCUGAAUCUAUCCACUUGACAGACAUAGGCUGAAGUGAAGUAUACUCCUCACAAAACAAUGCUCAGCUCUUGUUCAAGACUAUCUGAACACAAAACGAAUGCAGUAAGAGAAUCCCCGAUGUAUGUAAUUUCUAACGCUACUGUAAAGUCUGCAGGUUUUGGUGGCUGGUCUUCACCUGUCGUACCUCAGUUUUCAUAUUUAUCUAAACCCCUCCUGCCAUGUUUGGUUAUCAUCAUCAUUGGUAUUAAUGAUAGUGGUAGUAGAAGUGGUAGUUGUGGAAGUGAUAUGUUGACUCUAAUGUUAAUCAUAUACAAUACAUCGGUUUGUGUCAUAUAUUUUGGUAGUUAUUCUGUAGAUUUGGUAUUGAUGACUAUGCAUAUAAGUAUAUGUACAACUUAAAACCUUUUGUUUAUUAUGAAGUCACAGUUUUAAUUUAAUGUGCCCAUGCAAGUUCACACCUGAAGCCUGUUAAAACAAUGGGAGGCUUGGAAAAUAAAACCGAAUAUAAAAGAGCCUGCUUUUAACUGGUCAGGAAACCUCGACAUUAAAGUAUACCCAUUUAAUUUGGCUGCAGAGUUUUAUGCCCAAUUAUUGCUAUUGACUCAUCAGGGAAGGCUCAGUUUCUCAAGGUUUCCUAAUGCUAUUGUGCCAAUGCUAUGUAGCAUGAGAUAAUUGUCUCUAUGGCAACAGUCCAGGGAAAAUGAUGCGAGUAGCAUUAAGUUAAAUGAGUGCUCGUAACGUGUAUCUAAUGAACACAAUAAACUCGCAUUCUUGUUGCCAUCUUAAUACCUAGCAGUGCACAAGACAUAACCUGUCUGCAGCAAUCUAGAUAAAGAAUAUAAAAUAUCAGUUUACAUAUUAUUUAAUUGUGUUAACAAAGCUUUUUUUUGUUGAUUUAAGUGUGAUUAUUGUCUAAAUGCAUUUGUUUGAAAGAUGUUAAUUUAUUGGAUGUACUAUUUAUUGGUCUUCAGGUUUCCGAAAGGUAUGCUCUCUAUCUGACCCCUCUAGUGUGUCUCUCUCUAUCUGUCUGGGUGUGGGUGGGUGUGUGUGUGUGUGUGUGUGUGUGUGUGGCACUGUACGCAGAGUAUGAGCACAUUUAUGUCUGCCCAUCUGCGUUUUCACUUUGUGUGUGUGUGUGUGGACGGGUGUGUGUAGCAGUGGGUUCGGUAAAGCUCUCUCUCUCUCUCUCUCUCUCUCUCUCUCUCUCUCGCUCUGGUGUCAUGUAGCCUGCCCUGUAGACAAACCCAGUAUCCUACUGUUGCAUUAGUUCAGUGCCCCUGUAGUGUCCGUCACUGUCCAACUCCUGCAUGUGCUCGUUUGUAAAUACACCAAAUAAAAUGAUGAGUAUAAACCAAA